GAAGUUUUGUUUUCCUAUCAGACCAGGCUGACGCCGGAGCGAGAGGACGUUCAGGAAGACCGACGUCUCUCAGCAGAAGGUCGCCCGGAGCGGAUUUUUCUUGGUGAUGAAGUGUGAUGAUGGGGGCGGCUCCGGCGGUCUGUGUGGUCGUUCUGUGUGGACUGCUCGUCCCGGCUCUCGGAGAUAAACACUCUCUGUACUACAUCUACACCGCCCUCAACAAAGAUGUCGCUCUACCAGGGAUCUAUGAAUUCACAGCACUCGGUCUGCUUGAUGACCGGGCCAUCGACUACUACAACAGUAAGGAACAGGUCAAGGUUCCUAAGCAGGACUGGAUGAGAGAGAAGCUGCAGCCAGAUUACUGGGACAAAGGCACCCAGUCUCGCAGGAGCAAAGAGCAGUGGUUCAAGGUCAACGUGGUCAUCCUGAUGAAGCGAAUGAGACACAAUGAGACCGACCUUCACGUUCUUCAGUGGAGACAUGGCUGUGAGAUCGAGGAAGCAGAUGGAAAUCUCACAUUUCUGAGAGGCAUUGAUGAGUACAGCUAUGAUGGCGAUGAGUUCCUCUCUUUUGAUGAUGAUAACAUGCGGUGGAUCGCUCCAGUUGCAGAAGCUUUGCCAACCAAAAGGAAAUGGGAUGAUGUGGCCAUCCUGAACCAGUACACCAAGGGUUACCUGGAGAGAGAAUGUGUGGACUGGCUCACCAAAUUCAUGCAGUACGGAAAAGAAGCAUUGGGAAAACACUCUCCACCAGAUGUUCAUGUGUUUGCAAAGAAAUCCACAACUGACUCAACCAAGCUGACCCUGACCUGCCUGGCCACAGGCUUCUACCCCAAAGACGUGGUGGUGAGUCUGAGGAAGUACAGAACUGUACUGCCUGAACAUCUAGUAAAGUCUUCAGGAGUCAGACCCAAUGAAGAUGGAACCCACCAGCUGAGGAAGAGUGUCGACAUCCAGGAGGAUGAAAAAGCAAAAUACGACUGUUUUGUGAAUCACAUCACCCUCAAAACACCAGUAACUAAACAAUGGGAUGGAAAGUGCUAUGACUGUACAACGGGAAACAUUGUGAGUUUCAUUGCUGGAGCUCUAGCCGCAGUGCUAGUGAUUAUGGUCGUGGUUGCUGUCAUAGUUUUCCUUAAAAUGAGAGGGAAAAGCGGUGAGAAAAGUAAGAGUGGGUUAAAUGAAGCCAGCAAAGUACACGUGGCGUAUAUUCCAACUUCUACAGUUGAACAGCAGUACAUUUUUCAUGAAGAUAGUGAAGAAUAAUUAAAAAGGUGGCGAAUGGCAUCAACUGGGAGAAGCUAUGAACGCUGUUGCUCAUAAGGUUUCAGCAUUUUAAUGUGUGUUUUUAAUAUCAAGGGUUUGAGAAGCAAUCUUUGAGUUUUGCUUUGAGCACUUUUCUUCACACUACAGUAUUAGUCUUAUUAAGUAUUUCAAGCAGAACCCCUGGUCUAGGUGUGAAGAAGUGGAAGUAGCCAAAUAUGUUUACUAGCACUGUGUUCAAUUUAAGCAAAUAAACAUAGAAGUAUUACAAUAGACAGGUCAGGAAACAUGAGUUAAAAUGCGAGGAAAUUCUGAUGCAUUCAUUUCAGUUCAGCUAAUUAAUUCAGUUAGACUCCUUCAAAUCCCAGUGAGGACCAUGUUUUUAUGGUGGUCCGCAGGAUAUUUCAUACUUUCUUGCAGUCCCUGAUACUAUAGUAGGUCAGAAUGUUUCAGUGUUUUCAGUAAUUGUGGUCGUGUUUGUUGUGUAGCUUCAUAUUCAGUAUAUAAUAGAAGCAUGACACAUAUAUUGUAAUACUCAGCCUUGCACUACCAAACUAUGAAUAAUAUAACACAAUAUAAUAAUAUAGUAAUAUACACAAGAGUAACUAGACACUAUAAGUAUUUUAAACAGAACCACUGGUCAAAGUGUUAAAAAGUGGCAGUAAUCAAACAUGUUGACAAACAUGACAUAAUAUGAAAUGCAUUCAUUUAAAUUUAGCUUGUUAGCCAGAUUCCUUCAAAUUCCAACGACAAACCUUUUUUAUAUUUUUAUUGUGGUCAGCUGGAUAUUUCCUGCUUUUUUGCUUUUCUGGGUACUAAAUUUUAGGUCAGAAUGUUUUAUUGUUUUCAGUGAUUGUGGCCGUGCAUGUGUUGUGUAGCUUCAUGUUUAAUAUGCAAUUCAUAAGCAAGACUCAAAUAUUGCAAUAUUCAAUUGUACUCAUUACUAGUUGUUUGUAUUGGUUUAAUAGAGUCUGAGUAUGUGAAGUGAUUUUUUAAUCUGUGCUUGUUUUUACAUUGUGAAUAAUUUCGAGAUUCUAGAUAAGCUAAUUUCCAGAUAAGCUAAUUUCAGUAAAGGUACAUGAACUUUAUGCCAAAUGAGAUACGGCUGCAUUCAUACUACAUUUGGGACAGAGAGAAGAAAGAAUAUACAACACUACAGAUAAUAAAACAAAGGAGAAACAUAAAAUAAAAUAAAUCCACAAUGCUUGCAAAAAGCAGAGCUGCGAGAUUUGCAGUGUUGAGAAAGUAAAACCUGUUCCACUACAUUAGACACCUGAAAGUUCAUAUCAGUAUAUUUCAUGUUUAUGAAGACUGCAUAGUGGUGUGCACUGGACGACUUUAAGUGCCAUUCUACUGUUUCAUUUGUCUGUAAAAUGACAUUUCCUCACUAAUCCAUCUGUUUUGCACUGACUGUGUGGGUGAUUUUGUGCCUGGUUUGUUGAUUGCAAAUUGACAUGAUAGCGUUGUGCAGUGAAGAAGUUUGUUGUGUUGUACUUUUGAAAGCACUUUGUGUGUAGCACAUAUAUUGUCAUUACUUUGUUAAUAAAGCUUUUCUUUCAAACUCUC